CUUUCUCACUGGGAGGUAGGAGGGUACUACAUGUUUGGCUCUGGGACUAAACUGUUUGUAACAGAUGAGCCCGUGGUGAAGCCCGUGGUGAGCGUGUACCCGGCAGCAUCCAGAGCCCAGCUGGAGGGGAAGAGCUCCCUGCUGUGUGUGGCCUCAGACAUGUUUCCUCCUCUGGUCCAGAUCUCCUGGAGAAGACCAAAGGGGGACGGUCAGCUGGAGGUGCUGCCCCCUGCUGAGGGAGAGCAGCUGGAGCUCAGAGAGUCGGGACGCAGCGUCUCCAUCCUGAUUGUCCCUCAGAGAGAGAACAGGACUGAUAGAUACCUCUGCUCUGUGCAGCACGAGGGGGGCAGAGUGGACGCCAGAACUGAACAAGAAGUUCCAGCUGCUGCAGCCUCCUGUCCUCCAGAGAGAGAAGCGCCUGACCUGACAGCUCUGCAGCAGACCCAGAUGUCCUUUCAGGCUCAGUGCAGGGUGAAGCUGCUCUCUCUGCUGUACUCCCUGCUGAUCCUGAAGAGUCUGGUGUUCUGCUGUGGACUCUCUCUGCUGAGGAUCCCCACCAACAAGCCCCCGUCCAUCAGCUGCACAUGUGCUGACCGACUGUCUCCUGCUGGCCUGUUCUCUCCAUCAGAUCUCAGCAGCUCACCUCUGGAAAGCUUCUCUCAGCAGGUCCAAAUGUAGAUUCCAACAUGUGGAGGGUGGUUGGAGAAUGGAUGGAUCUGUGCAGCGUCAGAUAAAUCCCCCUGGAGGUCUAAACAGAAACAGACUUGUAUUCUGAUCCUGAUUCUGUUGUCUAAAGUUCAUUUGAAUAGAUUCUGUUUACACUCAGUAAAGAGUGAUUUGUACAAACGUUUCCAAUGAUCCUCUUUCUGCUAGAUUAGACCUCAUUUAUUCAAUGUUUCACACAUAUGCAGAG